UUUAAAUUAUAUUCGCCAUAUUGAAAUUAUUACUGUCCAAAUGCUGAAUUUAUGAAUUAGGGCUUAAAUUUUUUAGUGUCUAAUGAUAACUCAAGAUGAAACACAGGUGCAUAAUUAUGACGAUAAAUCUAUUUUAUCUUCACAUACAAGUUAUUCAAAAAUUUUGCCUCAGCCCUCAUUAAUCUAUAUCAGCUCCUUAACUAAUCAAUCACUAAAUUCUAAUAAUAAGUUUAUGGGGCAUCCCAAAUUAGAUUUAAUUCCACAAAUUAGUUUAUUGGAUAAGCAAUAUAAAAAUUUGAUUAAGAAUGGUGUUAAAAAGGGAAGGGCUAAAUUGGUAAAAAUAGAUAAUGCUUUAAAUGGCAAUAUUCAAGAUAAAGCAUCUAUAACCAGCCAUAUUUUGAAAGCUUUAGACAAUAAAAAAUCAUCAUACAUUCUCCUGAAAACAAAUUUACCAAAUAGCUACAAAUUACCAAAUGUUAAUUUACCUAUAUUCCCUGCCAUAAAACAAAAAUGCAAUAACUUAACUAAUUUGAAUAAUCUCAAUUCAUCAAUAUUAAAUGUGAUAAAUUCUAAUCUAGUUUUAGCAAAUAGCAAUAGUUCUAUCAAAUCUGUGUCAGGAAGCAUAAAUUCAAAUUUUAAAACACACAUUGCUGCAACUAAUAAAUUUGAUAAAAAUAGACCACUUCCUAUAUAUAUAACAUAUUUACCAAAUUCUUUACAGUCUCAAAAAGGUUCAUGUUCACCAUUGAUCUUAUCUCAUAAUACACCAGUUUCUGGGCAUGAUUUUCCAUCAAUUAACCUUAAUGUUCCUAAAAAGUCAAAGAUUUGUAAAAAAUAUAUUGCCAUAAAAUCUAAAAAAAAUGGGACUGGUGCUAAAAGUAAUAUAACUCUUAGCAAUUUUAAUGUUCUUGACCAAACUUCCAAAUAUAGUUAUAGUUCAAGUUUUGCUACAUCGCAAAUAAAUGAAGUUUUUCUUAAAUCAUGUAAUAACACAAUUCCAGAUCAUACUCAGAAAACACAAAAUAUCAAGUCUACCACAAAUCGAUUUGAGAAAGAUCUCUUAUAUCAAAUUUUAAAAAAUAAUAUAUUGGAGGAUUGUGAACUAGAAAAAUUAAAAUCACAACACAAUUUAGCUCUAGAUCUUUGCUCUAGGUAUAGAUCUUAUCAAAACAUUACUCAUAAAGCUGAAUAUUUCAACACUAAAAAUACAAUAUUGCCUGAAGAUGGAUUUGUUGAACAAUUACAAAAUCAAUUUCACAACUUUAACUUAAAUUGUCAACCAAGGCCUUGUAUUUAUCAAUACAAUUCAAACAAAAAAUUAGUCAAUACCCAUUGCCUCAAACCAGCUCUUCCUUAUUCAAAUUUGUGUUCUAAUCAUAUAGCAGUUCACCCCAAUCAACAACUUUUUGAAAGAUGCUCGGCAAAAUUUUCAAAUAAUAUUCAAUGUUCAAAUCCUACGUUCGAUCUUUUAAACGAUGUUCCCCUGUGUUGGCAACAUGCUAGGAAAAAGGCAUUACAUGACAUCACUCUCCUUAAAUCAGCAAAAAAAUCCGCAUCUACCAAAGGAUCCACCGCCAGAUUUGGCCAAAUCUCAAAACAUAGACUACAUUCUAUGUAUAAUACUUUUUUCACAGAUAACAAUAUUGUUACUACUAUUGAUUAUCCAAAAAAAGGACCAUUAGAGUUUACAUAUGAUUACGAACACAGUUUAUUAUCUGACAAGGGGCGUAAAAGGAAAUUUAAAAGUGAUUCUAAGGUAUUAGAGUCAAAUGUUGAAUUACCAAGUGGCACAUCUUGCGACGUGAAUAAUUUCAUUAAAAGUGUUUUGCCUCACAAUUUUUCUUAUCCUCCUUUAUCGACCAACGUUGGUUUGGAUUCUUCAAAAUCUGAAUUUUUUCUUAAUGAUUUGUCGAAAAAUAAAUUUUCCUUUCCAUCCCGCUCUACUAUUGCUAAAACAACUGAGAAGGAUAAUGCAGAUUACAAACCUGACGUGAAUAUAUACACCAGUAAUUUUAACUCCAUAUUAUCCGUUCUCAAUAGCAACUUAAAUACCUUGAUGAAUUUAAAUAAUUUAAACAAUAUUGGUCAUGAUAAUCACAACAGCUCUAUUAAUAAUUCACAUUUUGCCAAUUACAACAAUAUUGAUAACAGUAAAAGUAAGUCUUUAAAUUCGUAUGCCAACUGCCUCAAUUUCAAUUAUUCCAAUAAUAAUAACCUUGGUAAUCAUCCACCCAAUAAUUCAGGAUUUUUAAAACCUUAUCCAACUUUGGUUUCUGUAAAUGAUCCGUUUCUUAACAAUUCCAGCAAUUUAGGGAGUUUAAAUUUUACAAAAAAAAAUCAACUUAAUUCUCAUUCCUACCUAUUGGAGAGCUUGAAAAAACCAUUUAUUAGGACGUUAUCUCAACCUACCUUGGACUCGGAUCCUUAUUUGAUACCUAGUUUCUCAAAUCCCAUCGUGCAAAAUUCUCUUAUUAGCAAUAAUAUCAAUAACAAUGGUCUUCUUAACAAUGAAUCGUUUAAUUCUUUAGAUGGAAAUCUAGGUGCUUCUUACUCAUCUUACUCCUCUCAUAGUCUCAAUGAUAUACUAUUCAAUUUCGGCUCUGAUGUGAUACUAGACAAGAGUUACGAAGAAGGCUGUGCCAUGUUGGAUGAUCCUGUUAAAGAUAUAAACAAAUUUCCCGACGAUAAUUUUAGCGAUAUGUUUCAUUCGCGAAAUUUAACGCCCACCACAAAUUACAACAUGAAUCAUUCAAAUCACACUCUAAUAAACAAUCUGGAUACCACCAAAUCUUUCGUAAUCACGUCACCUACAAGCAUGAUAAGUAGUUUUGAUAAUAACCAUAUCGAUGGUAUCAAUAUUGGAAACGUUAAAAAUCUUUUUAAUACUCACCCGUCUAUAUUUCUUUCUCCAACUCUUUCACUUACUAAAGAUGAAUUUCCUUUUAGCAAAUUGAACCUCCUGGGCAAAGAUGAGGAUUACAUAAUGGAACAAGCGCUUGCCGACAUAUCUAAAGACCUAUCAGCCUUUGUCCCUGACGAAACGGAGACAGAAAUAAUUAAACAGAUACAAGCCAAUCUCAUGAAAGAUUUUCAAAAUUAAACGGUGAUCUUUUUUAUUCCUGUUUUGAUGGAUAUGAAUGAGUAUGAUUUUGAAAUCGCUGAGCAGCUCAAGCCAAAUCAAAUAAUCUCAUAUAAAAUAUUCAGAAAUUUCUACUGGUUGCAAAAGAUGAUAAUUUUGAAAUUAAAUAGAAAACUGUUUUUUUAAAACAAAAUUAAGGUCCUAUAUAAAAAUAGGUUUUUUGUAAAAUAAGAACAUCAUUAGUCCAUCCUCUAUACUAUCGUUAGAUAUGUUUCAUGUCAUUCGUACAUUAUAUAUUAUCUGCUUUUUGUUAGAGGUACACCAAUAACUCAGUUUUACUGAAUAUCAUAUUGCCAAUAUCCAAAACGACUAAUAAUUCAAGCUAAAAAAGCCUUGAGCAUGUGAUAAAAAAAUUGAUCUAUAUAUUUCCUAACAGGAAAAAAAAAUUAUUUUUACUUUUAAAAAUUUUAUUGCAGAAUUAUUAUUUUAUGAAGAAUAAAAAAAAUAUACGGUAAAUAAAAUUACAUACUACAAAGUUCUCAUAAAAAUUUGAAAGGCAUUUUUAUGGCUUAAUAAUUAUAAAAUAUUUUUUGUGGAAGUUGCGACUAGGAAAAAAACUUAUCGAUAUUGACAAAAAAGUGUUAUUGGUACAUCUCUGUUUUUCAUUGAUAUACAGCAUUUAUAAUUAAAUCUUUUAUUUUGUCUAUAUAGUUAUGUAUAUAAAUAAUACGGUCAUUAUAGAUAAGUAUUUAUUAGAAAUACAUUUUGUUAAUUUUUUUUAUAUAAUAAAUUUAAAACAUACAAUAUUUGUAUUAAUAUUUUUAUAUAUUAUAUUAUUGAAAUUUAUACGCGAUAUUUCAAAGGAAUCGUUAAUAUAUUUAUUAAUACAUUUAUUGAUCAAUAAAACUAUGUGU